GAGCCGCAUGGGCUUCUCUCCGGCACUUUCCGCGUGGCCAGGAGAGAAGCCGGGUCUGUCCCGCGGGCCUGAAUUGGAACCGGGCUGGCCACGUGGAAAUCGCAUCUGGGCUUGAAAGGAAACUUUCCCCGGGGACAGACCGAAGGAGUCGCCGGUGCUGCCACGUGGGGAAGGAACCCGACACUCCGCCGGGCGCCAGGUCACUCCUAGCGAUCCAAACUGGCAAAGCGGAUCCACUGGGAGGAAGACACGGAGCAGCUGGGACUCUUUGCUGCUGCUGCCGCCUCCGCGCUCCUCCAGCGUCGCAUUUUGCUGCUGCUCUUGCAGAAAAUUCUGUCGUGAUUUUGUUGGAGGGAAAAGGGCAUUUCUUUUUUUGGAGUUCCCUCCUCAUUCGAGCAUCGUGAGGCUUCAGAUUCCUCCGGUUCCCCCGAUUCCCUCUUUGGCGCAAAGACUCCCUUCCCCAUACGCCUAGCUCUCUUUCCCUCCUGCGCUUUUCCCCGCCGCGACGAUGGCCGUGGAGAGGUUCCCCAGCGGCGGCGCGGACAAAGGUGCAUCCAACGGGGACAUCGGCGCGCCGUACGUGGGAGUGGAGGUGCCCGGCGACGGAGGCAGCGCGGGCGCGUCCCGUCUACGCGGCUGCCUGCGGGCCAACCUGCUGGUGCUGCUGACGGUGGCCGGCGUGGUGGCCGGCGUGGUGGUGGGGCUCGGGGUGCGGCAGCUGCCCGGCGGAGGGCUUAGCCAGAAGGACAUCCUCCUCUUCUCCUUCCCCGGGGAACUCCUGCUGCGCUUGCUGAAGAUGAUUAUCCUGCCGCUGGUGGUCUGCAGCCUGGUGGCCGGCGCGGCCAGCUUGGACCCAGCAGCCUUGGGGCGCUUGGGCGGCUGGGCCAUGCUUUUCUUCCUCCUCACCACUCUGCUGGCUUCGUCCAUCGGCGUCACUUUGGCCUUCAUCAUUAAACCCGGCGAGGGAGCGUCGGCCCCCAAGCUCUUCGGAGACGAGGCGGCGGUGCCCGAAGCCAAGGAGGUGGCCGAUUCCUUCCUCGACCUCAUCAGGAACAUCUUCCCAUCUAACCUGGUGUCCGCUGCAUUCCGAUCGUACGCAACCAGUUAUAAAUUGGUGAUAAUCAAGAAGAACUUAACAGAUGAAGUGGGGGGAGUCAGUGAAAACAUCACAGGUGAUGAAAGCAUCACAAAGGUCCCCACAGGCACCGAGGUUGAAGGGAUGAACAUCCUGGGCCUGGUGGUCUUUGCCAUCGUUUUUGGGAUUGCUCUGCGGAAGCUCGGGCCUGAGGGCGAGAACUUAAUCAAAUUCUUCAACUCCUUCAAUGAAGCCACUAUGGUGCUGGUUUCCUGGAUCAUGUGGUAUGCCCCUGUGGGUAUCAUGUUCCUGGUUGCUGGCAAGAUUGUGGAAAUGGAGGACGUGGUAGUCCUGUUCACCAGCCUGGGCAAGUACAUCUGCUGCUGCCUGGUGGGCCACGCCAUCCAUGGCCUUCUCGUCCUGCCCGUCAUCUACUUCAUCUUCACCCGUAAGAACCCUUACCGGUUCCUUUGGGGCAUCUUCACGGCCCUGGCCACCGCCUUCGGCACCUCCUCCAGCUCAGCCACACUGCCCCUGAUGAUGAAGUGUGUCGAGGAGAAGAAUGGUGUCUCGAAGCAUAUCAGCCGCUUCAUCUUGCCCAUUGGGGCCACCGUCAACAUGGAUGGGGCUGCCCUCUUCCAGUGCGUGGCUGCUGUCUUCAUCGCCCAGCUCAACAACUUUCCCCUCAACUUCAUCCAAGUCAUCACCAUCCUUGUCACCGCAACGGCAUCCAGUGUUGGAGCUGCUGGGAUUCCUGCGGGUGGUGUCCUCACCCUCGCCAUCAUCUUGGAAGCUGUUGGGCUGCCCACCAAUGACAUCUCCCUUAUUCUAGCAGUGGAUUGGCUUGUGGAUCGCACCUGCACUGUCCUGAAUGUGGAAGGCGAUGCUUUUGGUGCAGGACUCCUACAGGUAUACACUGAGAGGACAGAGGGCAAAGCAAAGGCUGAAGAGCUGAUGGAGAUCAAGACGGAUGCCCUGGAUGCUGGCAAGGGCCUGGCGGUAGAGGAAGGCUCCCCACUGAUCAAGAGAGAUGGCCCUGUCCUGUUAGAGCGCAUCAAUUCUUGUGAAAAAGAAUCCGUGAUGUAAAUGGCGUAUGACAAGACUGGACUUACUGCAGAUUUUAUUUUUUAAAAUUAGGGUUCCAUUUCUAAGUACAGCUCUCCAUCCUUUUAAGACUUGAAUUUCCCAUAAGAAGGGCAGUUUGUUUGGUGACGGGGAACUUCUCAGUUUAGAUCCUGCUGAGCAUACACCUUUCCACCUUUUUAUGUCUGAUUGUUCACAACAAUGCUUUUAAGUUUUAAAAACUUUUUCUUAAAAAUGACAAUGGGAGGGGGGGGCUUGGUGCUGCCUGCAAAUAGCUCUGUUUGGCCCAGAAGCAUUGUCCUCUAAGGAAAUGAGGGUGGCUGCUGUUGCUGAAUGAAAAAGGCACUCUUUGUAUCCUCAGAGGCACUAUACUUUGCACGUUCCAGGCUGAAAUCUAGGUUUUUAAUUUGCAACAUGGAAACUGGUAACAGUGACCUUGGUGGUCUCUUAAUAACUCCUUUCCUCCUUCUAGGUCUCCAGCUGCCUUUGCUGCUUUUUAUUUUAUAUGUAUUUUGGACCAAGCAAAGCAGAAAAGGCUUUUUUUCUGUCUAGUAUCUUUGCCUCCCUCUUGCCACUCAUUUCACUCCUUAGUUACAGUUCACCAGUUUGCUACCACAGCAGAGAGAGGAAGCUGACUGGUUUUCUUUCCGGACAGAUGUUUUGUGUCCCCCUCCCCCCAAAAAUCAAGAACCUGAGCAGGAAACGAACACCCCUCGUCAACCAAGCAUUGGGAGAGAGACAAUUUCCUUCUGUCUUUCUACUUGAUCGCCUUGUCUUGGGAUCCACAUGCCAAGGCUGGGAUGUGCAAGUGAACAAGAGUCACAGCUGAGUCUCCGGGACUUCUGCGGCUGCUGCCAUAGCCCACUUUUUGGAUAUGUUUAAAACCUCGUGUUUUUUCCUCCCCUCUCCCUUGUUGGAUCAUCAUGUGCAUGUAUUUGAUGGGACUUCAGUGUCUUGAAGUGGCAGCUCCUGGAUGCAACAGCUGAGAUGCAAUUUAAUUUAUUUCUGGAACUUAAAAA